AUGGACAUGUUCUCCGCUCAGCUUUCUGACUCCCCCGACCAGCCCGAGUCGAGUUCUUUCUCCGACGCCAGCUUCACCACCCUGCCGGCUUCUUCCUCCGACGAGAACGUCAUAUUGGCGUCGAGCCGGCCGAAGAAGCGCGCUGGGAGGAGGGUUUUCAAGGAGACGAGGCACCCGGUUUACAGGGGGGUGAGGAGAAGGAACAACAACAAGUGGGUGUGUGAGUUGAGAGAGCCCAACAAGAAGAAAUCAAGGAUUUGGCUUGGAACGUAUCCGACUGCUGAGAUGGCUGCUCGUGCCCAUGACGUGGCGGCAUUGGCGUUCAGAGGGAAGCUUGCCUGCAUAAACUUUGCUGACUCCGCAUGGCGGCUGCCCUUGCCGGCUUCCAUGGAUACCAUGGAUAUCCGAAGGGCAGCUGCUGAGGCCGCGGAAGGGUUCAGGCCAGCGGAGUUCGGUGGAUUAUCCAGCUGCAGCAGUGAUGAGAAGGAGAAGAUUUUUAGCGUGGAUAUGGAAAAAAGCAGCAGCAGCUUGUGCUUGUUUUAUUUGGAUGAGGAGGAAAUGUUUGAUAUGCCAAGGUUGAUUGAUAACAUGGCUCAAGGGCUUCUUCUUUCUCCACCUCAAUGUUCAGCUGGCUACUUGAACUGGGAUGACAUGGAAACUGAAGCUGAUGCCAAACUAUGGAGUUUCUCUAUCUGA